AUAUAUGUGAAAUUCAUUGAAACAGCAAUGUUUUAUUAUAUAAUAAUCAUUUUUUAAAAAAUGACAUUUUUAAAAAAUUUCAAAUUUGCCGCCGGUUCCGGCGCCCGUACGUCCCGACGUCACAGGGACUGGAACACGGAAGCCGGAUGCCGGCAUCGGCCGGAGGAGAUGGCCGGGGACGCUGCAGGGGACACAUCGCGGGAGCGAAGGACAAGGUAAGCGCUGCAGGGACUCCCUGAGCAACGCCGCAUGGUGAGCCCGAGUGUAGCUCGGGGUUACCACUCUUGCUACACUCGGGAAUACCGCUAAGGAGGUUA